AUGCGGUUGAUUUUGAAAUUUUUAGCAAUUUUCGUCCUUUUGAUUGAAUCGACGUAUUCAAUUAGUUUCCACUUGCCAAUCAACACAAGAAAAUGUCUAAAAGAAGAAAUCCACAAAGACACAAUGGUCACUGGUGAUUAUGAUAUAACUGUUCUUCCUGGUUUAAUCACUCAUCUCGACGUUAAAGAUACCAAAGGACACACACUUUACAAUAAGGAAGAUGCGAUCAAAGGCAAAUUUGCUUUCACCACUGAAGAAUACGAUAUUUUCGAAGUCUGUUUUGAAACGAAAUUACCACAUGGUCAACAGCAGCAUCACUUAUCCGCUCAGCACACAACGAAAGAAGUGUCGAUUAAAAUCAAACACGGUGUGGAAACGAAGGAUUACGAUACGUUAGCCAAAGCAAAUAAACUCAAACCAUUAGAAGUGGAACUGAGUCGAUUGGAGGAUCUUUCUGCGGCUAUUGUAUCCGAUUUUGCAUAUAUGAAACAACGUGAAGAAGAAAUGCGUGAUACAAAUGAGUCAACAAAUAAUAAAGUGCUUUACUUCUCGAUCUUUUCCAUGUGUUGUCUAAUGAGUUUAGCUAUUUGGCAAGUUCUCUAUUUACGACGAUAUUUCAAAGCCAAAAAGCUCAUCGACUAG